AUGACAGGAUACGAGCAGCUUCCCUAUGGCAGCUCAGCACCUUGGCACCAUCUCUUGGAUGCUAGUUUCCCGUUCGGCCCUCUCACGUAUUGUCAGGGCUCUACAGGACUCCCAAAUGCGAUGAACGGACAGUCGCACUCUUCUUCCCAUACCCGGCGCACCCCCGGGCAAUGCUACAAACCUUAUCGAUACGCGCUUACACGGCGCAACCAACAAAAGCAGCGCCAUGCCGCGAGAAGCACGACACCAACAUGCCGUACCGAUAUGCAGAUGAACGGGGGCCGAAAUACACCCCGCAAGGGUCACGCAGGGCAAAACACUACACCAGGCAAGGGCGGCCAUAGAAAAAAGCGGGGGGUACGGCCCGCUAGUGUGGUAUCGACCAGGUCCCCUCCUCCCCCUCCCCUCACAUCAUAUCCACAUGCUCAUCUUGCAACGUGCAUUGACGAGAAACAAGGGCCACUGGGUGCCUGGGCAAACACAAGAGACUGUUGGGAAGAGAGAGACGGGUAUCCCAUGUUCAUUUCGGAGAGCAAGAAAAAAAAGCAGGUUGACGGGUGCGCGACUGGCAAAAAGGGUCUUGCUACAGAGCGGUGA